GACGUUGCAAGACCUUCCGGGAUGGCUAAAAGUUUUGUGUCAAUGUUAACAACCGCCAGUAUGUACAAUGGGAAUUUACAAGAUAUUAUAGAUGAGGAAGAAUUGAAUGAAAAUGAUUCAGAUCAAUCCAGAGAUGAUAAUUCAGAAUCUGGAAGCAAAGAAGCUCCUCCAUCAUUAUUUGAAAUGUCAAUUGCACAGAAAUUUGGUGAACAUUCAAAAGAUUAUAAUGAUUGUAAGAAAAGAGCUAUUGCUUUAAGUGAAAAAUUGAGAGAUGCAUUCCAAAUUAGCCCCGAUGAUAUAUUUUUGGCUGACUUCCCAUGUUGGUUGUUAAAAGAUGUGCUAUUACAAGGCCAUAUAUACCUUACACAAUCUCACCUUUUAUUCUUUGCCUUUUUACAGAAAAAGAAACAUGAUAAGGUUGCAUUGGCUGGUCAUUUAUCAAUGGAUUCUUUAACUUUAGGACAAGUUAGAUAUUGGGCAGUAUUGAAAGAUCAAACGUUAUCAUUAUAUACCAAAUCAACUGAACUGUACUUCCCAGUGCUGACCGUGGAUCUAAGAUAUGCUUUGAGAGCUGAAAUUGUUAAUGAUUCGGGUAUAAUACCUCAUAGUGGUGUGUCAAAGGGUACAUGGAUUAGAAUAUUGACCGAAUCCAAGAGUUAUAAACUUCAGGCUGAUUCUCCUCAUGCUGCCAGAUCUUGGGUAGGCCUUUUGAAGAAGCAUAUUUUUUCAAGUAGAAAUAAAGGUGAUUGUGUCACUGUUAAAGUUCCAUUGCAAAAUAUAUUGGAUUUGGAAGAAACUCCUAUUUUCGAAGCUGCUGAAACCAUAAAAAUCAAAGUUCUUGAAAGCUCUGAUUCAUUUGCAUUGGAUGAUUAUUUCUUUAUGUUUUUCAAUUUAGGUCCAGACUUUAUGAAAGUGAUCAAUGAAGCUAUAACUGCAUUAUCAAAUAUGAAUAAUUCACAUCUACCUGAAUUGAUCGUGGAUAGUACGGCAAGGCUAGAUUUAACUGGUAAACGGACAAGAUCAUCUUCGUUGUUUCCUUUGAAAAAAGUUUUAGCCAAGUCCCGCUCAAGAACAAAUAGUGAUUCUACUGCCACAUCACCAAUUGCUUCACCAGUGUCACCUGAAUUGGUUGUCCAAGAACCUGUUGUGGAGAGAUAUCUGGGGCCUCCUAUUGAUGAAGAUGAUAUACCAGAUAUUGGAGAGGGUCCAAAUUCAGAUAGUGAUACAAGAUCUCAAAUAUAUAAAUACACUCCUAAAGUUAUCAAAUCAGCUUCAUAUAUGUGGAUAUCGAAUCCGGUUCAUUAUGAAGAAAGAAUCUCAUUAGAAAGAGGCUCAGAAGAUGAAUAUUUGGCUUCACCAAAGGAGAGAAUUGAUGCUACAAAGAGAUUCCAACAUCAUUUUGCAUUAUCUGAAAGUGAUGUUUUAGUUGCGUCGUAUUAUGCUCAUUUGCAGCGCAAUGUCCCAAUCUAUGGUAAAGUUUAUUUGGGUGCAAAGGAAAUUUGCUUUAGAUCUCUAGUGCCAGGUUUUCACACAAAGAUGAUCUUACCAUAUAAAGAUAUUGAAAACACAUAUAAAGAAAAAGGUUUCAAAUUUGGUUAUUCAGGUUUAGUCGUGGUUAUCCAUGGUCAUGAAGAAUUAUUUUUUGAGUUCAGCUCAACUUCUGCAAGAGAUGAUUGUGAAUUUUUACUAUUAAGACAGUUGGAUAAAGAUAGUGGACAAAAUACAGAAGUCGGUUCCACAGAUGCAGAAUCAAUUAUGACUACAAGUGGGAAAUUGGAAGCUGCCAAAAUACAGUUGUUUGAAGAUAAAAUUCAUACUGAUACCGGUGUUGAGGUUCCUAUAAUGAUUGAAAAUCAUCCACUUAUGAAGACUAGCGUGAAGCCUGAAACCCCUUAUAGAUUUACGUUACUUACAAUUGGUUCAAGAGGUGACGUUCAACCUUAUAUUGCUUUAGGGUUGGGUCUUAAAGCUGAAGGUCAUGUGGUUAGAAUUGUCACACAUAAAGAAUUUGAAGAUUGGAUUGUUAAGCAUGGCUUAGAAUUUAAAGAAAUUGCUGGUAAUCCAACUGAAUUGAUGUCAUUAAUGGUCUCGCAUGGAUCGAUGAAUGUUGGUUUGAUCAAAGAAGCUUCGAGUAAAUUCAGAGGAUGGAUUACGGAAUUGUUAUCUUCGAGUUGGGAAGCUUGUCAAGAUACUGAUAUAUUGAUCGAAUCGCCAUCUGCAAUGGCUGGUAUUCAUAUUGCUGAGGCUUUGAAUAUUCCAUAUUUCAGAGCAUUCACUAUGCCAUGGACUAGAACAAGAGCUUAUCCCCAUGCAUUUAUUGUUCCUGAACAAAAGAAGGGUGGUAGUUAUAAUUACCUAACUCAUGUGUUAUUUGAGAAUGUCUUUUGGAAAGGUAUCAGUGGACAGGUUAAUAAAUGGAGAAAAGAAACACUAAAUUUACCAAAGACUAACUUGGAUAUGCUACAACAAAAUAAAGUUCCAUUUUUGUACAAUAUUUCACCAACAGUCUUCCCACCACCUGUUGAUUUCAAUGAUUGGAUAAAAGUUACAGGAUAUUGGUUUUUAAAUGAAGCUAUAACUUAUAGUCCACCACAAGAGUUACUGGAUUUCAUAAAUCAAGCACGUAUUGAUGAGAAAAAAUUGGUCUAUAUUGGAUUUGGUUCUAUUGUUGUUUCCAACCCAAAAGAAUUGACACAGGCAGUUGUUGAUGCAGUGCUAGAUGCAGAUGUUAGAUGUAUUUUGAAUAAAGGAUGGUCUGAAAGACUGGGAGGAUCUAGUCAGAUUGAAAUUGAGCUACCAUAUGAGGUUUUCAAUGCAGGUUCAUUACCUCAUGAUUGGUUGUUCCCACAGAUUGAUGCUGCAGUGCAUCAUGGUGGAUCAGGUACAACUGGAGCUACAUUAAGAGCAGGUUUACCAACAAUUAUCAAACCAUUCUUUGCUGAUCAAUUCUUUUAUGCAAAUAGAGUUGAAGAUAUUGGUGUUGGUAUAUCAUUGAAAAAAUUGAAUGUUAAAAGUUUAUCAAAAGCUUUGAAGGAGGCAACUACAAAUAAUAGAAUGAUCACAAAAGCUCGUGAUAUUGGUGCAAAGAUUCGUAAGGAGAAUGGUGUUGCUAAUGCUAUCGAUACUAUCUAUCGUGAUUUACAGUAUGCUAAAGAGUUAAUUUCCAACAAGAGAAAGAUU